GAUAAUGACACCAUUUCUUAACAGUUCAAAGCGUUCCGCACUGUCUUACUCUUAUAGCUACUCUACUUUAAUACUUUACCGAGCAAUUCUCUGUGGUCUUGAAGAAAAGGACGUGUUUAGCUAAUGCUUUGAAUGUGUUUUUUUGCCAUUACUAACAGCAUUCGAUCUUUCCAAUUCAAACAAAUGUCUAAAUAGUUCUAUGAUUUAAAUCAGUGGUACGAACAGGAAAAAUAUUAUCAUCACUUCACUAUUUGAACUAUGAACUCUGGAAUGACGAAAAAAGCACUUUUCCUAUCAAUUUCGAACAAAAUUCAAAUAAAUUACCAAGAUUCAUCGAUUCUCAUAAAAAAUAGGGUGGUAUUAAGUAUUAUCAAAUCUCGGGUCCAAUAUUAUUCAACGAUACUGAAGAUCAUGGAUAAAAUCAUGGCAGAUAAAAAAUGCUGCCUUUACAAUGCAAUUUUUGUAAACAUUUGUUCCGGUCAAUCUAAAUGCAAAUCGAAAAUAUCUGUUUCGAUUAAGCAAAAAGUGUGAAAGAAACUGAAUAGUGAAGUGCAUCUUUAAUGGAGAUGAUCUCGUUUGUUUCUCCAAACCAUUAUCGAACUGAAUGUUGUUCAAUUAUUUGCCUUAUGCAAAUUGAUUUGGCGUUUUUUUCCAGUACAGUAUAUAAACUGCAGUGUCUGAGCGCAAAUUCAGAACAGGUAAAGUCAUGGAUUUGAUUGGUGUUCUUAGGAAGUUUGCUCUUAUAAUCGUUUUUUGGCCCAAUUAUUAUGCGAUAAAUGCCACUUCGGUUAUCAUUGCCAAGUAUACGUGUGCGAUUGCAGUAACGGACUUGAAAGAUUCAAAGUAUGGAAUUAUUUUGGAACCAAAAGCUUUGAAAUUGAAAGCACCCACUAAAGGGGUUUUUAAUUGGAAGGACAAGGAACUAAUCUACAUCGGUUGUGGCAAUGCAAUACAGACGAUUCAAUGCAGCAGCAAAAUCAAGGCUCAAGACUUUGUUUGUAAAGAAAAACCACCGAUUGUUAAUUACAUAAAAACCAAACAAUCUUGCGCGCAAACGGGUUAUCUAUACAAAAUCGGGUUCACGGUCAAAUCCGAUUUCAUCCCGUAUUAUGAUGUUUGCUACAACGAUAAGGACUGUUCGGUGAUCUACACGAAUCAUCAGCUCUUGGGUGGUUCAUUCAACAAAUACGGGAAAGUGCCUCGAGUAGAGAAGGAGUUUACUUCGUUUAGUUGCAAGAUCAACUACCACGAUCUGUACACGCAGGAAAAUCAGCGAAAUAAUCCCAGAAUUAAGUUGACCAAGGACAAAUACCUCCAAAGGGGGCAUCUUUUCCCAGACCGUGAUGCUCCCGUUUACACGUGGAAACUGGCCACGUAUUUGUACGGUAACUGUGCCCCAGAGUGGAGUACCAUCAACUCUCGUGGUAACUGGUACAAGUUAGAGGAAAUGGUUUCCGAGUUCGCAAUUGACAAAACAAAAACAUUUGAUAUCUAUGACGGAGUUUUGUACAACCCAUUCCAGAAAAACAAAAUUUAUUUGAAUCAAGCAGGAGCUAAAAUAGAAGUUCCUCAAUGGUUUUGGAAAGUCGUCAUAAACAGAAACAAAGGCGUUGUUCCUGGAUUAGCUGGAAGGAAUGUCGAAGAGGAAAUGAUAUUUUUCGUGUACAAUGACCCGUACAGUUCGCCAGCUGACACAUUUUGUGUUCAAAACAAAAACAACAACAACAUGAAUAAUUGUGAAAAUUACUCUUGGCACUUUGAUGAUGACGUAGUGAGGGGAAAGACUCACUGUUGCCUGCACAAAGAUUUGAAACGUGGCACGCUGCCCAAAGAGGUUAUGGAUGCUUUUGGGUCUAACAUGAACGGACUGUACUACUUGGAUAAGAGACCGAGAAACGGAUAAUGAGAAAAACAUUUUGACCAAAGGAAAAGAUUUCUGUUUGAAUUAAGAGCUAAAUUACUUGAAGGCAGAUUCGGUUAAAUUAUUUCUAUUAUCGAAAAUAUUUGUUACACUUUCUAAACCAAUGAAAAGAGAAAAAUUACAUUAAUAAAUAAUAAAUGAUUCGGACCGCGUAAUGAUACAUUUCUGUAUGAUUUAUAACAAUAAUUGUGCAUUUAUUCAUAAAUUUACAUCUUUAUCAAACAUUUUUUUCUGGAUUGUUGCAAUAUCAGGUUAAGGGGUUACAUACAUGUAUAUCGACAAAAAGUCGGAGGUUAGUAUGAGCACACACUUCACCUUUUUUAAUUCUUUUUUCAGGGCAUUAAAAUAUACAUUUUCACCUACUAACAAAUCAAAUUUGAAGACAUUUGGUUGCACCAUUGCCGAGAUAUAGCAAUUUCAAGUUAACAAUUUCAAAAAACGGGUGUCACGAUAUCUCAACACUGUCUUGACCAAAUAGGCUAAAAAUUUUGGUGAAGACUCGUUAAACCAGUCCUGUGUGCAUGACAAGGCCCGAUUUUCAAAAAGUUUAUUUAAAAAAAAGAUAAAAAUAUUUUUGCGUUUUUCAUGAAAAAAAAAACCAAAA